AUCGAUAGUUUUCUCGUCAGAAUAGCUUCAGAUGUUCUACAAGAUGGCUAAAGCAUUCUUACUUUUAAUAGGCAUCUGUGCCUACGCUGUCCAAGGAUCAGUAAUUCGAAAUGAAGAGACAGUCGUAAAACGGCAAGCUCGGUCUCCAGCUCCCUGCGACGGAUGCGACUCUCCAGGCGUGCCAGCACCGCCCCCACCACCACCCCCGCCAGGUAUACCGCCGGUGUUUCAUACAGAACAGUGGAGCGGACUGACCCAUAGCAAUGGUGGACAUGGAGUAUUCAGUGGUGCAGCCGCUUCCAUAGAUGGAGGCACACAAAGCGACAGUCAAGCUUUCUCCUUAGCUUCCGCCACUGGGGGUGAUGAUGAAAAAAAAGGAACAGUCGCACCAGAAUUAUUAAGUAACCGAUUUGGUUUCGACAAGGAUUCUGAUAGUUUUGGUCAAUCAUCAGGUGGCGACUUCGGCGGACAGGGCGUUGGAUUUGGCGGCGGUAAGAAAAUCAGCGGCAGCAAGAGCAGUUUUAAGGAAUCACAUUUCUCGAUCCAAAGCGGGGGCCUACAAUUUGAAAAAGGCUCUGGUUUCAAAGACGGCGAUAUUUUUCACCACCAACAAUUUUACACGCCUGGACGUGGCCAUAGAGGCUUUGAAGGAACCAGAAACAUUCAUGGAGGGUUCGGUGCUGGAUCUGCAUCGCAAAGCUCUUCCUUUGCUUCUAGUGGUAGCAACAAAGACGACGCGGGAGCAAUUCAUUUCGAAGGCCAGCAUUCAGAAAGGGGAGAUCUAAAUUCCCAAUUUGAUCAUUUACAUUCUGGAUCUGGCUUAGGCGGUAGUUCAAGCAGUGCAAGUAGUGCAAGUUCUACAUUUACUGGAAACCAGCAACAACAAUCUGGAUUUGGAAGCGGAAUUCAAGGCUCUGGUUUCGGAUCAACAGGACGACUUGAAGAUGGUAGUUUAGGAUUUGGCAGCCAGAACGCUCAAUUUGGUCAAUCUGGAUCUGGAUAUCACUCGUUCGAUAAAAGCAAAGGAUUUUCUACAAACGAACAGCAGCAACAACAAAAUUUGCAGAUAGGAUCACAAAGAGGAUUUGGAUCUGACAGUGCUAGUGGACAUCAACAUUCUGGGUUUGGUUCUGGAGGACAUUUUGAAGGUGAAAGCUCAGCUUUUGGUAGUCAAAACUCUCAUUUUGGACAAUCAGGCUCAGGAAACGGUCAGAGCAAUGGAUUCGAUGCAAACGAACAACAACAACAAAUUAACGGUCACUUUGGUCAAUUACAGUCCGGUUCAGGUUAUGUGGCAGGCAGUGCAAGCAGUGCAAGCUCGGCAUCCUCUGGAAACCGUCAACAACAACAAUUAAACUUAGGAUCGCAGACAGGUUUUGGAUCCAAUGAUGGAGCCCAAGGUCAAGAGGCUGGGUUUGGCUCAGCAGGUCAUCUCACAGGUGGAAACUCAGGUGGCCACUAUGAGCAACAGGGAUCAAGUUUCAAUUCAUUCGGCAACGGUUUUACGGAUAACGGACAACAACAACAACAACAACAACAACUGCAGCAUGGAUCACAGACAGGUUUUGAGUCUAGCAGUGGAAGCCAAGGUCAAGGGGCUGGGUUCGGCUCAUCAGGUCAACUCGCAGGAGAAAGCUCUGGCCACUAUAAGCAGCAGGAAUCGAGCUUCAAUUCAUUCGGCAAAAGUGACGGAUUUGCGGAUAACAGACAACAACAACAACAACAACUGCAGUUGGGAUCGCAGACAGGUUUUGAAUCCGGCGCUGGAAGUCAAGGAGGUCUUGCAUCUGGAUCCAGUUCAAGCCAAGCCAGUGGAUCAUCUUCUGGAAGUUUCGGUGCCAAUCAACAAGAACAGAGCGAUCUUCACACAGGUAUAGGUGGUGCUUUAAAGCUUGCGGCUCAGGGUUUGAAACAAGCUCAGGAGCAAAAUAGCGGCUGUAGCACUUGUGGUAAAAGCAGUUACGCACUUAGCAAUGCCAAAAGUCACAGCGGUUCAGCGAUUGCCCUCUCCGUAGCCGGUUGAAGCACGUAAUCUCUAAAAAUAGGGAAU